AGAAAGAUGGAGGGGGUUGAAGCUUGGUUUCAUAUGUCCUGGAGGAGGAGGAGGAGAAGCAGGAGGAGGUUUUCGGUUUAACACACUUUGGCGUUGUCGAGUCCCACAAAAGAACAGACAAGCAACCGGUGGAGAGCGGAAUUGUAACAUUGUAACAGUAACAAUGAAACGUCGCGACAUUGUAACGUUUGUUUUGUUUGAAGAUCCCGCUUAAAAGGACACGCCAACAUUCGAAAGGAGUUCCACACAGCGAAACGUGGAUUCUGUUUUAAAGCAGCUGAGUGGGCAUAUUUUUAGAUACGGUUAUACCGAAAGGAAACGUUGGGGAUAAUAAACGACAAAAUGCGACGCCGUUUACAUUCCGACAGCAGAAGUUUGAGGGAGACGAAAUGGGAAAGUUGCUUUUAAACCGCGAAUGUCACUAGCUGUACCAAUGCGGCUAUUCAAAGCUCUUUUACGCUGGAAACGUCAUGUAGUUGUGGAUUCAUAAUGUCCGUACGUUAUAAACCGCUUCUGUGAGGAGGAGGAAGACCGUAACGCCGCGAAGAGGAUGAAUGGUUUUCACAAAGGUCAUUGCGCAUUGGGAGUUCUUCAUGUCACAUUGGCUGGGACUUGUAUGUGUUUCUGGUUAAGCUGACCCUUUAAUGGCUGUUUCUGUUGGUGAAAGCGAUCGGAUUGACUCUCCACCGGCUGAUCAGGGGGAAUCGAUCUGCUUGAUUCACCCUUUACGGCGCCUGCAGCAGGACGUGGUGGUUUUGGAUCUGUAAUUUUCAAGAUCCAGCGUUCACAUCUGGACUUGGAAUAUAGUGGAAAUCGUCCGCAGCUUGCAUCCUAUGUGCCUGGGGUUUUGCAGGCAGGGAUGCAGCUGAAUCGACCCAAGAGCGCGCAUCUCAUCAGCUCCAGUCCGCACAAUUCGUCUUCCUAUUCCAGCCAGUUCAAAAGCAUGCGCUUCUCAUACCACAUCAGCAGCGGGUUGCCCAGUCCUCAGCCUGCCCUGCGCAGAACAGGCUCAUCUUCAUCCAGUCCGCGGCUCCUAACCAAGAGUCUGUCCCUUGAUCCAGGCCCCUGCCUCGGAGCCCACGAGACCCCACAGCGCCUCUGCUCUGACCCCGGACCCUUGGAACCGCAGCACUGCAAUGGCACAAGUGAGAACGGCCCUCAGGACGUCCCACCUCCACCUCCCAAAACACGGCCACCUUUACCUGGGCCAAAGCCUCAAGUGCCCCCGAAACCCCCUCAUCUACAGCAGCAGAACGCUCGACGGCCCCGCCCCCCAGACAAGCCCCUCCCACCGCCACCACCAUCCCGCCCACUGCCAGCCGACCCCCGCCAAUCACGUGCCACCAUGCCGAGGGCAGAGGGAAGCUCCUCCCCCACUUGUGUCCUUUCGCUCAUCGAGAAGUUUGAGAGGGAGCAGAUAAUUGUGGUGCCAGAUAUCACUGGGGGCGUGAUGUGUACCCCGCGGGUCCCGGAUCAGCAGGCCACUCCUGGGUCACUUAGUCCUCAAACAUCAGAGUUUAUCCUGCCCUGCACAUCCCUUCAGGAACCUCUAGAGGCGCCGCUGGCAGAGGACGAGCUUGAGAAAGAAGAAAAAGAGGAGGAAGAAGAAGAAGAUGUAGACGAAACUGAAGAAGAUGACAGCGAGCUUGGGGCGUCCUGCUCAGAUAAGCGUCUUUCCAUGGAAUCAGGCUACGGCGCUUCAGAUAAACUGCUGGACAACAUGGAGAUGACAGCCAACCAAUCAGAAAUCCCCUCUGACCGAUUGUCCCUCCCCCCAGCGCAGAUGGACGGGAAGCUGGCCAAUCGGGACAGCGGAAUCGACAGCAUCAGCUCGCCUUCACACAGCGAGGAGCUCUGCUUUGUUGGGGACGAGGAUCGGGUCGGUCAUGAGCGGGAGAUUUGUCCGUGUAGCCCAGGACCAGGGAUUUCAUGUAGUUAUGUGGAGGGUCCCGAUGAAGAGGGGGCCGGCGGGGAGGAGGCUGGCAGAGACUCAGAGGGAGACAGUGAUCUGGAGGAGGGCAGUGGAGACGAGAGCGAGAUGAACCCCAUGGCUCUACAACCUCUGCCCAAAGCUGAACGACAAGACUCCACUGAGAUGUCGGUCCAGCAGCGGGUGUUCAACAUUGCUAAUGAGCUCCUGCAUACGGAGAAGGCGUAUGUGUCCAGACUGCACCUCCUGGACCAGGUGUUCUGCGCUCAGCUGAUGGAGGAGGCUCGAGCCCGCAGCUCCUUUCCCUGUGAGAUGGUCAUGGGCAUCUUCUCCAACAUCUGCUCCAUCUACUGCUUCCACCAGCAGUUCCUGCUGCCCGCGCUGGAGAAACGCAUGGAGGAAUGGGAUCUGAACCCCCGCAUCGGGGACAUCCUGCAGAAACUGGCGCCUUUCCUGAAGAUGUACGGCGAGUAUGUGAAAAACUUUGACCGGGCGAUGGAGCUGGUGAACACCUGGAUGCAGCGCUCAUCCCAGUUCAAAACCAUCAUUCACAACAUCCAGAAAGAGGAGAUGUGUGGGAAUCUCACCCUCCAGCACCACAUGUUGGAGCCUGUGCAGCGAAUCCCUCGCUACGAGCUGCUGCUCAAAGACUACCUGCACCGGCUGCCAGAGGACGCAGACGACUUCAAAGAUGCCCAGAAGUCUCUGGAGCUGAUCGCCACUGCGGCAGAACACUCAAACGCUGCCAUCAGGAAAAUGGAGCGCAUGAGAAAGCUGUUGAAAGUGUACGAGCUGCUUGGAGGGGAGGAGGAUAUCGUUAAUCCCACUAAUGAGCUGAUUAAAGAGGGACACAUCCUCAAACUGUCAGCUAAAAAUGGGACGUCGCAGGAUAGAUACCUCAUUCUGUUCAAUGACAGGUUGCUGUACUGCGUCCCUAAACUGAGGCUGAUAGGACAGAAAUUUGGAGUGCGAGCACGGAUUGAUGUGGACGGCAUGGAGCUGAAGGAGACCAGCAGCAUGAACGUACCGCGAACGUUUCUGGUGUCUGGAAAACAGCGCUCGCUAGAACUGCAAGCAAGGACGGAGGAAGAGAAGAGGGAUUGGAUUCAGGCAAUCCAAGCCACUAUACAGAGACAUGAGCAGACGCUGGAGACCUUCCGGAUGCUCAACUGCUCUUUUAGGGAGGAGGAUUUAACUCCUCCAAACUCUCCGAAUUGCUCAGAGCUUGGAAAGCGAGCGCCCACUCCGAUCCGGGAGAAAGAAGUUACGCUGUGCAUGAAGUGUCAGGAGCCGUUCAACUCCAUCACCAAACGACGCCAUCACUGCAAAGCCUGCGGACAUGUGGUGUGUGGAAAGUGUUCAGAGUUUCGUGCCCGGCUGUUGUAUGAUAAUAACCGAGCCAACCGUGUGUGUAUAGACUGUUAUACCAUGCUAGUUGGAGUGCCGCCGUCUCCUGCCAGUCUGAGCAGCAGCACACAGAGACGACGCUCCAUCCUAGAGAAGCAGGCCUCGGUGGCGGCUGAAAACAGUGUGCUGUGUAGUUUCCUGCACCACAUGGAGAAGGGUAGUGGCCGUGGUUGGCAGAAGGCCUGGUUCGUCAUCCCUGAAAAUGAACCACUGGUGCUGUAUAUCUAUGGUGCUCCACAGGAUGUCAAAGCUCAGCGCAGUCUCCCCCUCAUCGGCUUCGAGGUGUCCUUACCUGAAUCCGGUGACCGCCUGGAACGCCGCUUCGCCUUCAAAAUGAGCCAGAGUCAUCUGACGGUUUACUUCAGCGCCGACUGUGAGGAGCUGCAGCGCCGCUGGAUGGAGGUUUUAUCCCGAGCCGGCAGGGGCGAAGAGCUACAAUCCAACGGGCCCAUUUGUGAAGCCCUGGAGGAGGAGGGGGAGGAGCCAGCGCCUACAGGAGAAAGCACAUGAUUGGCUAAAAAAAAUAUAUAUGAUAUCAUUUUGCACACGCAAACUGUACAAAUGUGACCACAGUGACAGGAUAUAAUAGACAAACACACACAGACACACACAUAUAGCUUCUUUCUUACACACAUCUGUAUUAAUUGUCAGUUGUAAGUUGCAUGAAAUAUCUACAGGUACGUUUCUCUGUGUAUUGCUCAUCUUUGUGUGAGUGACCAGUGUUUGGAACAAUCUGACAGAAAAAAGUAUGCACACUUUAAAGACAACAGUACGUGCAUUGAUUUUUUUUUGUUAGCAGUUUCUGUGUCAAAGGGACAGUUCAGCUCAAAAUGAAAAUUUACUCACGGUUUUUAUUCAUCCGUCAUAUGGUUUUAAAUAUUUAAGAGAUUCCUAAGAUUUUUAUGUUGAACACAAAAGAAAAUAUUUUGAAGAAUGCUCAAAACCUUGACUUAUAUAGUAGGAAAAACAAUUAUAUGGAAGCAAAUUGUUUUAAAGCAUGUCUUCUUUUGUGUUCAACUGAAGAAAGCAACUCAAAACUUUGAAACAAGUACAUGUUUGGCAAAAUUAUGACAGAAUUUUCAUUUUUGGGUGAACUGUUCCUUUAGAUAGACUGUUUUCUGCUAAAUAUCCAGGUGUUGGGAUGUGGUUUAGUAAAGUAACACUGAUGGCGAGUUGUGUUCGAAGGUUUGGUCUGGUUUCAUGAGAGUCUAAAGGUAUAAUACCCUGGAACGGAAAUGGCUUUUGUUCGUUUUUUUUUUAGUUAGUAGAAUCUGAACCCAGCCAAUAUUUAUGGCAAUAAUCCGCUUGGGAAGAGGAACAAAUCCAGGAUUUCACAUUUCGGUUACAUUAUCAAACGUCGGCUGUUGUAGUGAACAGUGACAGGAUUGGCCACGUGACAUGUUGUUCAGCUAUGCAAGCCUGUGUUAAUCUCAGAGACACAGAGUACAUGUGUGGUAAUCAAAAACAUAGCAGGAAUAUUUAUUAAGCGGGUUUUAAACCACUCACGACCAACAGAAAUAUGUGCUUCCUGUUGACUCCACGGUCCUUUCAGCGCAGAAAAACACCUACAAAUUGAUUCCGCCAUCUAGUGGACGCUUGUCAAAACGUCCGCUUAUAUUUUAGGAGUGAAUGUCACGUCAGUCCCAAAUCGAGCUAAUAUAAGAAACUUUUAUUUUGCACGAAGUAAAUAAAGCUUAUUAAAGUGACCAUAUUGUCUUAGCAAAAUAAAAUAAGUGAUAUAUUGUUGGAAUUGUUCACUAUUUAUAGUGUAGUAUUGUGUUGUGCUGUCUUUAAUUUAUGUUAAUGCUAUUGCUAGCAAUAAUGCUAUUGCUAAUGCUAUUUAUGCUAUCAAAUUUAUAAAAAAGCAUUGUGUUACGGAGAAUUAUUGAGAAUAGUGAAAAUAUGGCACAAUGAAAAAAAAAUAGGCUAAUGGUCCUUAGGGAUAGUUCACCCAAAACUGAAAAUUCUGUCAUCAUUUAUUCAUUUAUGACUCUUCUUUCGAACACAAAAGAAGAUGGUUUGAAAAAUGCUGGAAACCUCUAACCAUGGACUUCCAUAGUAUUUGUUUUUCCUAUAGUGGAAGUCAGUUAAUACAGGUUUUCAAGAUAGGCUAUCUUCUUAAGUGUUCAACAAUAUAAAGAAACUUAAACCACUUGAGGAUGAGUAAAUAGUGAGUAAAUUCUCUAUUGAGGGUGAACUAUCCGUUUAAAUUAAGCAUAUUUACUUUUAAGCUAAAUAAAAUUGUCUUUUUUAUAUUUGGGAUGAUAAGUGACACCUUUUUGUGAGAUUCAUGGCUAAAGAAACCCUUUUGUUCGAACGAUUCUGAAAAAGCGUGUAAUAAAAUGUUUAAAUCAAAGGAAUAAAUGACAGGGCUUCUUACAGGAUAACAAAGGCUUAUCCGGUAGUUUUAGCGUGCAUGAGUGAUUUUAUGAAUGUUGUGGGAUUUGAUAAGACUGCAUAUAAGAUAAAAGGUAUGUAUGAAUCUGGCUAGUUUUUAUCAUUGUGAAACUCAAUGAUAUCCCUGCCUUAUUUAGAGGGUUGUUUCUUUUUAGAUGAAUACAGAAUAUAUAUAUAUAUAUAAAUAAAACAAGGUCAAAGUUUUGAUGAGGAUAUCAAACGUUUUCAGCCGUGUUGUAUUUGUGUAUGAAAAGACGCAAGGACAAAUUCAUUUGUAAAUAUAACUUAUUCCUCAGAGCCCAGUUUUGUGGGUUAGGUAUUGUCGAUGAGCUUCGGUGUUUGAUCUUCGUUACGUGCAGUUUUUAAAUGGACUUGUGGUAAAUUCCAGGUCAAGAAAAGCUUAGGAUGAGUUCUCUCGUUUUACCACGUAUUCCAGAGGUAGAUAUUCAGUGUUUUAUAGAAAGAGCUUCGUUUUCUUUCUCCUCUUUUUGAAUCCAGUUUCCAAAAACGUACUUGCCAAUGUGAACUCAUUGAGAACUGCUUUAACUAUUUUUCUUUUGUGUUUGAUAUUGCUUUAAUCUGGCUCUUUGUUGUCAAAGACAUCGCUCGAUUUUGAAGUAAAGGUGAACCAGUCGGUGUGUUUCCUCCAGUCUGUCUGAAGAAAGCAGUGAUUUCUGAACAAUUCACAAUUCAGGAGUGUUAACGGCUGCGUGUGUUAUCUUCCAUAAUGUUUACGACUUGUCAUUCCCAGAAUCCUCAGUUGAGCCUGCCCGUCACUCACGCUUACAAACACACACAUUCAUCUUCCUCUACUUUCAGUAUUAUUGUUCUUGAUAUCCUGCCUUACCGAUAUUUCGCAGCCCUCUGCUUAUCUAGUUUUGUUUUCACAAUUGCUUUUUGCCAAAGUAUACUGCAGAAAAUGUGUAUUAGAAAAUGAAAUGUCAUUUCUGUGUUGUUGUCACAUUUGUUUUAUUUGUUUUUUAAUACCGAUAUUUAUUGUCUUUUUUUACUCCUUGAGGUAAAUGUAGUGAGGGUAGAAAAACUGCGAUGAACCAAAAAGAUAAACACUAUCAAAAUACAAGGAAAUCAUCAUUUGGGAGGAUAUAACUUAUUGGUUAUUUUCUCUUCUUUUAGGCAUGCAUUAUUAUUAUUUGUUUUGACUGAUACCAAUAACCGAUAACUAUAAAUCUGAAGGCAGAUAAACAAAAUAUAAAGAUGUAGAUGUACACUACCAAAACACAAGUAAAUCAUAAUUUGGGAGCAUAUAACUGAUUGUUUAUUUGGUAUUUUUUAAAGAUGCAUCAAUAUUGAUUGUUUGACCAAUACCGAUAACCGAUAACUAUAAAUCUGAUGGCUGGUAAACAAUAUAUAGGCAUAUAGAUGAACACUAACAAAAUAUAAGCAAAUCAUCAUUUGGGAGGAUAUAACUUUAUUUGCUAUGUUUUUUAGGGAUGCAUUGAUAUUUUUACCGAUAACCGAUAACUCUAUAAAUUUGGAGGCUGAUAAAUAACAUAUAGGCAUAUAGAUAAACACUGGCAAAAUACAAGGAAUCAUCAUUUGGGAGGAUAAAACCUUUUGUUUAUUUGCUAUGUUUUUAGGGAUGCAUCAAUAUGGAUUUUUUUGACCGAUAUCUAUAAAUCUGAAGGUUGAUAAACAAUAUAUGAGCACUACCAAAAUACAAGGAAAUCAUUAUUUGGGAGGAUAUAACCUAUUGUUUAUUUGAAAUGUGUUUUGGUGUGUAUCGAUAGAUUUUUUUGACUGAUACCGAUAACCGAUAUCUAUAAAUCUAAAUGCUGAUAAACAAUAUAUAGGCAUAUAGAUGAACACUAUCAAAAUACAAGGAAAUCAUCAUUCGGAGGAUAUAAUUUAUUGUUUAUUUGGAAUAUCAUUAGGGAAGCAUCGAUAUGUUUUUUUAUUUUUUUGACUGAUACCGAUAACCAAUAUCAAUAAAUCUAAAAGCUGAUAUACAAUAUAUAGGCAUAUAGAUGAACACUACCAAAAUACAAGGUAAUUAUCAUUUGGGAGGAUAUAAUUUAUUGUUUAUUUGUUUUCAGGGAUGCUUCGAUAAGAAUUUUUUGACCUAUACCGAUAACUCUAUAAAUCUGAAGGCUGAUAAACAAUAUAUAAGCAUAUAGAUGAACUUUAAAUCAUUAUUUGUGAGGAUAUGACAUUGUUUAUUUGGUAUGUUUGUAGGGAUUGAUUGAUAUAGUUUUUUUGACCGAUACCGAUAACUAUAAAGGUGGAUAAACAAUAAUAGUUCGAUAGAUAUCAUUUUUUCCACAUGACUGCAAAAACAAAAGUUAAAACUCAUACAGUGAACAACACUAAACCUUAUUAAUUAACUAUUAAUUUUCAUGGUCAACUUUCUUUUAUAGAAUUAAAAUCAAUUGCUUGAUAAAAAAAUUAUAAUGCAAAAAAAAGCAACCAAGUCAAAGAACAUUACCAAAAUUAAAAUACCAGUAAAAUGAUAAAAAAUGUGUUGGCACCAAGCAUGUAAAGUGGUUCAAGCAGCGGAAAUAGUACAUAGUUUAUCUCCCUAAUUUUUUUAUAUCGGACUGAUAUCGGCCGAUAUUGAUAUGGCCACCGAUAUAUUGGGUAAUCCUAUAAGUGAAAGCAAUGGAAAAAUACAUAAUUUAUCUGCCUAAUUUUGAUAUCGGACCGAUAUCGAUCGAUAUUGAUAUGGCCACCAAUAUAUAUAGCAUCCCUCUGAGUUCAAACAUCGGAAAUAAUACAUAAUUUCUCUGCCUAAUUCUGAUAUCGGCCGAUAUUGAUAUGACCACCGAUAUAUCGUGCACCCUUUAAAGUUUUAGUCCCAUAGUAAUUGGAAGAUGAUGUACAGUAUGAUAAGCCUUUAUUGUUUCGUCCAUAAAAUUGAUUUAUAAACAGCGUUUUGAAAGUAUAUCACUCUGAGGUUUUACACACAAAAAAGCGAGAUACACUGUAGUUAAUUUUAGGAUUUCUGAACAACGGUGCAUUUUUAAGCAAAACUGAACAAUCUUGUGUCUUUGAUCUGUCAUUUACAGAAAUAGAGGUGCUAUUUUAUCGUAUGAUCAAGGGAACAGCUUUGUGUUUAUUAAUAAAUGACACGACAAGUUCAGGAAUUGACUUUCUCUGUACAUUGGCUACACAAUGUUGAGGAUUAACACAAAAUGAAUCAUUUGGGAGUGAGCAGUACAUCUCUGUGAUGCAGAACAGAGAGUCAAAUGUUGCAUUGUAUAUAUUGUAUAUGCUCAAAUCUGUACCAAAACACUAGCACAGUCAUGAUGAUGAUGAUGAUGAUGAUGAUGAUGAUGAUGAUGUAAUCUGUUGCUGGAUUUUUGACUUGAGUGGUAUAAUCUUGUUCAUUUUUAUAACUUUUAGCAACAAUUCCCUUUUGCCGUGAGGAAGAUUACUUUGUAACGCCAAACUUUGAAACAUAUUUAUUGUAAACCAGCGUUUGGAUUCUUUUAUAUGGGAGUUAAAUAGAGAAAUGGAGGCUUGGGCAGUUGUUUUGCUCAUAGAUGUUAAUGAUUAUACCUGUCUAGCGAUGAUCUACCAUUCCUUCUCCUCUGCUUUCUGGCAUCAUCACAGCAUGCCAACCUCCUGACCUGUUUCUGUCUUCUUUUUUGCUGACUUUUUAUGCACGUUUGCAACAAACCAGCAGAGAAGGAUGUGUAAAACAUUGCCAGAUAGCCCUUAUAUCUGAUCUUCUCAAGGACAGUUCACGUAAUGUUAUUUUGCUCUCGGACAACCACAAAAUGGCUGCAUUAUGAGCAUUCUUUUCCAAGCCCAUUAGCGAUAACAUCACACUAUAUGGCACAAGUAUACAUACCGUUGUUUUCCCUCAUGAAACCUGGUUUAUUGUACACAUAAUGGGUAUUACUGUUAUUUCAAGUACUAUUAUAAUUAUUAUUGUUGAUUCAAUUAGUGGCAGGCCACUGGGUACCAUUGUAUGUUAAUAUCCCAAUGAAAUCUGUGCAAGAUCAUGAAAAUGUUUAUGAAAUAAAGUAAUAAAAGAACAAAAA